UUUUGGAGGGAUGAUGAGUGUUCGCCGAGUAGCAGUUGUGACCAUCACUGACCGACGGGUUACCUUCAUGUCGGAGAUCCUAGCCGCUAUCAGGCUCAUUAAAAUGUAUGCCUGGGAGGAGAGCUUUAAAAAGAAGAUCGAGGAUAUUAGAAAGGAGGAGAUGAGUGUCAUCAAGGAGGUCACGUUCCUGCAGUCCAUGUCUAACUUCUCGGCGCCGAUAAUCCCAAUCCUGGCCACCGCCGUGUCCGUCAUCGGCUACAUCGCCAGUGGAAACGAGCUGCGGGCUGCCGAGGCGUUCACCAUGUUCUCCGUCUUCAACGCCCUGCAGAUGGCAGUUGGCACGCUGCCAUACGGAAUCAAAAUGAUCACUGAGACACAUGUGUGCCUGAGACGAAUCCAGCGCCUGCUCUUGAUGAAGGACAUCGAGGUGAACCUGACUCACUGCGACUCGGGCAGUGCCAUUGAAAUCGUCAACGCCACAUUUGCUUGGGAGAGACCCGUCAGCAAGAAGGGCAAGAGCGAAAAAAAGCGCGAGGAGCGGUCUCGCUCCGCCAAGUCGCUGCCGCGGCUGAUCUCGUCGCCGCGGCUGAUCUCGUCGCCACGGCUGCCUCAGAGCGCGAGGAGCGGUCUCGCUCCGCCAACUAGCGCCGAGCUCAGCCUCGACGCCGACGCGGCCACGCAGACGGACGUGGUGCUGAGCGGCGUCAACCUGAGCGUGCCGGCCGGCCGCCUGCUGGGGGUGGCCGGCUCGGUCGGCAGCGGCAAAACUUCACUGCUGGUCGCCAUGACUGGCCAGCUCCGCGUACUGUGCGGCGACGUGCGACGGGCCGGCACCAUGGCCGUGGUGCCGCAGCGCGCCUGGAUCUUCAGCGGCACACUGCGCGACAACAUUCUGUUUGGCCGGCCGAUGCUGCCCGAUCUGUACCAGCGCACGCUGACCGUCUGCGCGCUGAGGCCAGACCUGGCACUCAUGGAGCACGGCGACCUGUCCGAGAUCGGAGAUCGCGGCGUCAACCUCAGUGGCGGUCAGAAGCAGCGAGUGAACCUGGCGCGCGCCGUGUACGCCGACGCCGACAUCUACCUGAUGGACGACCCGCUCAGUGCCGUCGACAGCUCCGUCGGGCAGCACAUUUUCCACCAGUGCGUUCGCGGAGCGCUCCGCGACAAGACCGUCGUGCUGGUGUCACAUGGGGUGCAGUACCUGUCGCGGUGUGACGAGGUGCUGUUCAUGAAGGACGGCCGGCUAGCGGAGCGGGGCUCGCACCAGCAGCUGAUGGAGCUGGAGGGCGACUACUGCCAGCUGGUCAGCUGCGACGCCGCCAGUCAGCAGCAGCAGAAGCCGGCCGAACAGGCCCAGGAACCAGCAGGCGCCGAUGAAACAGGAACAGCAGGCGGGAAGUUCACAUCAGAUGAAACGUUCGGCUCUACCAUCGGUCUAUUUAAGAAUUUCGCCGCCUAUUAUCAGUACUGCGGCGUGUGUGGCAUGCUGCUGGUGACGUUUCUUACGGUGCUGUUCGCCUGCUGCCGCACCGGCAGCGGCCUCUAUCUGCAGUACUGGAUCGACGCCGGCGACGGACGCAAGGAAGAACGUCUUCGUAACGUGACGCUGUACAACAUGACCUUCACCAAGGACGAGCUGACAGGAGCGAUCAACGACAGCGCCAACGUAGACCUCUACACGGUCGGAUACGCCGGCACCGUCCUGGCCCUCUUCGUGUGUGGACUUGUGAAAGCCUGGAGUUUCACCCUUUGCGUGAUGCGUGGUGCGAGACGAGUGCAUGAGCAGAUGGUCUCCAGCCUGGUCCGCUGCAAGAUGAGCUUCUUCGACAGCACGCCUAUCGGCCGCAUCCUGAACCGGCUCUCCAGGGACAUGGACUGCGUGGAUAGCCGAAUUCCGGACUUCUUCGAGUACUUGUCCCAGCGGCUCAUGAUCGUGCUGGUGCAGCUGAUGGUGCCCAUAGUGGCCUAUCCGUACUACGCUCUAGUCGUCGCGGGCACCUUCGUGUUCUACGGUAUCCUGUGGCGUUGUCUGGUGACCGGUAUCCGGAAUACGAAGCACAUCGAGAACGUGCUGCGGUCUCCGGUGCUCCACCAUCUGACCUCCACGGUCGGCGGACUCUCCGUCAUCCGCGCCUACGGCAAGGAGCGCAUGAUGGUCGAGAGGUUCGAGCACCUGCUGGAUCAGCACACCUCCUCCAUCCUGACGUUCCGCUUGGCCAACUCGUGGUUCUGCCUGCGCGCUGACGAGCUGGGCCUGGUGUUGCUCGCCACGAUUGCCGCCGUGUUGCUGCUGGUGCCGGGCCCCUCGUCGGCCGAGGCUGGCCUCAUGCUCAGUCUGGUGUACGACACGGUGGGCAUCAUGGCGUUUAUGGUGAUGCUCUGUUCCGAGCUCUCUGCGUUGAUGUCCGCCGUCGAACGCUGCUCGGAGUACUGCCAGGGUCUGGAGUACGAGGCGCCGGCCGAGAUGCCCAACAGUCUACUGCCCGCGCUGUGGCCCGAGUUCGGCUCAAUCAGUCUGGAUGGGGUCAGCCUACGCUACCGCGCCGACCUGCCGCGCGUGCUACACGACCUCAGCCUCACCAUCCCAGCCGGCGAGAAGGUCGGCAUUGUCGGCCGAACAGGUGCCGGUAAAUCCACCUUGAUCGCGACCCUGCUGCGGCUGAUGGACCUCGAGACGGGACGCGUCAUCAUCGACAACGUCGACAUCAGCAAGAUCGGCCUCCGGCAGCUGCGCUCGCGGAUAGCCGUGAUCCCUCAGGACCCGGUGCUCUUCACCGGCACCAUCCGCCAGAAUCUGGACCCGUUCGAGGCGCACGGGGACGCGCGGCUCUGGCUGGUGCUGGAACGCGCUGGCCUCAAGGCCAAGGUGGCGCGCCUGCCACUGCAACUGCUGACGCCGGUGACGUCCGACGGAGACAGCUUCAGCGUUGGCGAGAAACAGCUGGUGUGCCUGGGCCGCGCGCUGCUCCGCGAGAACCGCAUCCUGCUGCUGGACGAGGCCACCGCGUCCGUGGACGUGCAGACCGACUUCCUGAUCCAGCGGACCAUCCACGAGGACUUCCAGGACGCCACGGUGGUCACCAUCGCGCACCGGCUCAACACAGUGCUCGGAUAUGGCACCAUCGUGGUCAUGGAUGCCGGCAGGAUUGCCGAGAUGGGCCCUCCAGCGCAGCUGGCGGCCGAACCAAGGUCCCAGUUCCGCCAGAUGCUGGAGCAGGCCGGCAUCUCGUCCCUGGAGGCGCUGGAGCAGCAAUCUCUGCCGCCCCUGGCUGAGCAGGAGACGCUCUCUGACGUACCGUCCGUGACAUCACCUAGCCGCGUGCUCUUCAGCCUCAGCGGCGAUUCGGCGGAGUUAGACGAGCUGGUCAACAAGGCUGGGACUGCGCCACCUGAGUUUGAGAGUGACGCCCCGAUCGACAGAGCCGUGGUCACUGCAGGGCAAGAGCCAGAGGUUGAAAUAACUCGGCUCUGACGGCGGGCGCUCAUGCGUAUUGUCCAAUAGGGGAACAUAGCUACAGCACUGAGGCAUUGGCCUGUAUACCGCGGUGGUCAAGGGACGUUUAGUGGUGAAGACACUUAAAAAUUAUGUUACCCCAGCGCAGACACAAAUCGGCGAGAGCUGGUUGUCAACAACGCCACGUAGCCCUGUACCCUGAUGUUUACCAGAUUUGCUGUUCGUGUGAUUUGUUGGGAUGCAAUACAUUUGUAA